AUGUUCUGUUUGCUCAUUGCGAUAGCAGCUGCUGCUGAUUUCAAUGCUUGGAAAUUGGCCAACAAGAAGCAUUUCUCACUUGCUGAGAAUUUGAGAAGACGUGCCAUUUUCAACAAGAAUGCCAAAUUUGUUGAAGCAUUCAACAAACAACACAGCUUCGAGUUGUCAGUUGACGGCCCAUUUGCUGCACAUACCAAUGCUGAGUAUCAGGCCAUGUUGAAACCAAUUCAUUAUGAACCAUUCACUGGAAAGUCUGAAGUUCCAAAAUCCGUCCCAGAAUCAGUUGAUUGGAGAGCACAAGGAAAAGUCCCAGCUGUUAGAGAUCAAGCUCAAUGUGGUUCAUGCUACACUUUCUCCGCUUUGGCUUCAGUUGAGAACAGACUCCUCAUUGCCGGAUCCAAGAGAUUCACAGUUGAUACCAUGGAUCUUUCUGAACAACAAUUGGUCGACUGCUCAACAUCAGUUGGAAACAAUGGAUGUUCUGGUGGAUCUCUUGUUAUGACUUUCAGAUACAUCAAGACCAACGGAAUCAUGGCUGAAUCUGACUACAAAUACACUGCUACUGAAACCACCUGCGCCUAUGACAAAACUAAGGUUGUUGCUCACAUCUCUGGACAAAAAUCAAUUGCUCAAGGUGACGAAGCUGCUUUGACCGCUGCCGCUGUUGAAGGUGUUGUCUCAGUUGCUAUUGAUGCUUCUCGUGCUUCAUUCCAAUUGUACAAGAAGGGUGUCUAUGACGAGGCUAAAUGCUCAUCAACUCAAUUGGACCACGGAGUCGCUGUUGUUGGAUAUGGUGUUCAAGACGGAUCUGACUACUACAUCGUCAGAAACUCAUGGGGUGCUUCAUGGGGUUUGGACGGAUACAUUUUGAUGUCAAGAAACAAAAAUAACCAAUGCGGUAUCGCAACAGGCGCUGUUUAUCCAACUGGUGUUGCUGAUGCUUAA